AGCGCUGUUGAAGAAGAAAAAACGGUCAACGAACGCAGCUUUAUUGUGAAACGGAAAAAGCAUUUCUGGUUUUGACUUUUAUUUUGAAUGAGAAACAUAUGCUUGGGCGGGGUAGACUUAACUUUAACUUAACUUUACUUAUAGAAUUGUAACGAUUCAGAGGAUAAAGAUAAAACAAAUGCCAUUGUAGAACAGUGUUUAAAGUUGUAAAUAAUUGAUUUCCAGUAAAGUGAUUCACUAUUUUGUAUUUUAAAAAGCCAAAGUUCCGAUUAAAUAUCACAAACCAAACUUUCGGUAGUUUUGAUUGACAGGUUCUGAGUCACGUGAAAGAUGAGUAAGCAGCACGCGGGAGAAGGCGCGCGAAUGUAUUCUUUUGUCAGAAACGAAAGUGAAAGCAUCCUCGUUGUUUCAGGGCUGAAGAAGAUCCGUUUGAAUCGCGGCAGCUGCAGGAUGAGAGCGCGGAGUAAUAGGAGCCUCCAGGUGUGUCCCUGCUGCGGCUGGUCCAAAGUCACCUCCUAUCGAGGCCUGAGGAUCCACCAGGGCAAGAUGGGAUGCACUCAGAAAGGGAUGAGGGUGAUGGAACACCAGCAGCAGUACUUGUGUGAACAGAAGCAGCAAUACUUGUGUGAACAGAAGAUUCAGUGGAACCUAACGCUGAAUGUUGACUGCGUUGUCAAAAUUGAAAGCCUAGAUGUUCCUGACCCGAGCCUCCAGGUCUGUCACUGUGGCUGGACCAAAAGAACCACCUAUCAGGGGUUACUGAUUCAUCAGGGGAGGAUGGAAUGUACCUUGAAGGGAGCAAUGAUCCCAGAGAAAGAGAAAUAUGACUCCAGACAUAACACAGAAGAGAAGGAACAUCAGUGGAAACCUCUUCCAGAGAUGUUUCCAGAAGGACUGAGGGGAAGCUGCAGAAAGAGCUCUGCUGCAGCAAAGAUGGAGUACUCUUCUCCAGAACCUCCACACUCGACUCAGAGAGGAUACUCAGCCCGGUACCUGGAGGCCCCGCAGGCCCUCACCCAGAAGGCAGUCAGUGAAGAAAUGCAGAUUCACCACAGAAUAAAGAGGGAACCAGAAUCACAUCCUGUCUGGAGAACUGCUGAACAAGCUCCUGAGCUACAGCGUCAGGAUUUCUGCUCUGACCUGCAGGUAGAACAGGUGGACAGACCUGUCAAAUCACCUCCACUUGUGGGCCAGUCCAAGAAGAGACAUAGAUCUGUGGUUCGACCCAAGAAAAAAAAUCAAUCUGUUUUCCACCCUAAGAACAGAAGUCAACCUGUGGUUCAGCAAAAGAACAAAGAGUCACCUGUGGCUUUGUCCAAGAACAAAAUUUCACCUGUGGUCUGGCCCAAGACCAUAGAUACGCCUUUGGUACGGCCCAUGAAUCCACAUGUGGUGCAGCCAAAGAUUAUAGAUCAACUUGUGGACCAGCCCGAGACCAAAGAACCACCUAUAAUCCAGUCCAAGAAAAAAAAUCCACCUCAGGUCCUUCCCAAGAACAAACAUCCACUUGUGGUUUUGCCCAAAAACACAGAUCCGCCUGUGGUCCUGCCUAAGAACAAAAAUCCACCUAUGGUCUGGCCUAAGACCACAGAAACACUAUUGGUACGGCCCAUGAAUCCACAUGUGGUGCAGCCCAAGAUUAGAGAUCAAUUUAUCGACCAGCCGGAGACCAAAGAUCCACCUAUAGUCCAGUCCAAGAACAGAGAUCCACCUCAGGUCCUUCCCAGGAACAAACAUCCACCUGUGGUUUUGCCCAAAAACACAGAUCCGCCUGUGGUCCUGCCUAAGAACAAAAAUCCACGUAUGGUCUGGCCUAAGACCACAGAAACACAAUUGGUACGGCCCAUGAAUCUACAUGUGGUGCAGCCCAAGAUUAAAGAUCAAUUUGUGGACCAGCCGGAGACCAAAGAUCCACCUAUAGUCCAGUCCAAGAACAGAGAUCCACCUCAGGUCCUUCCCAGGAACAAACAUCCACCUGUGGUUGUGCCCAAAAACACAAAUCCAUCUGUGGUACUGACCAAGAACACAGAUCUGCCUGUGGUCCUGCCCAAGCACAAAUAUCCACCUGAGGUCUGGCCCAAGACCAUAGAUUCACCUUUGGCACACCCCAUGAAUCUACAUGUGGUGCAGCCCAAGAUUAGAGAUCAAUUUGUGGACCAGCCGGAGACCAAAGAUCCACCUAUAGUCCAGUCCAAGAACAGAGAUCCACCCCAGGUCCUUCCCAUGAACAAACAUCCACCUGUGGUUGUGCCCAAAAACACAAAUCCAUCUGUGGUCCAGACCAAGAACACACUUCCACUUGUGGCCCUGCCCAAGCACAAAUAUCCACCUAUGGCCUGGCCCAAGACCAUGGAUACACAUUUGGCACACCCCAUGAAUCUACAUGUGGUGCAGCCCAAGAUUAGAGAUCAACUUGUGGACCAGCCCGAGACCAAAGAUCCACCUAUAGUCCAGUCCAAGAAAAAAAAUCCACCUCAGGUCCUUCCCAAGAACAAACAUCCACCUGUGGUUGUGCCCCAAAACACAAAUCCACCUCUGGUCCUGACCAAGAACACACUUCCACUUGUGGCCCUGCCCAAUAACACAGAUGUAUCUUUGUCCAAAAUCAAAGAUACAUCUGUGCUCCUGCCCAAGACCACAGAUCCACCUAUAGUCUUAUCCAAGAACCCAGAUCCACCUGUGGCUUUCUCCAAGAACAGAGAUCCAUCUGUACAGGGAGAGAAACAUCCACAUCCAGUACUGGUGGAACUCCAGAAUGCUUUACAGAGAAAACAGUCCCUCAGUGAAGAAAGAGAGAAAGAACUGGAAACAAAAGAUAUAUCAGCUGUGGCUCUAAGCCCAUCUGGAACAAAGGUUGCUGUGGGAAACAAGUCAGCAGCAUCAGGACUUUCUGAGAGGAAACAGCCAAACCUGAAGAAGCUCUCUUCUGGGCAGGAGAAUAUAUCGCCCCAUCCUGUAAUCCAGACAGAAAUGGAAUCAUCUUUAUUCUCAACAAAGCUGAAAGACUUUGAGAGGAUCCCGGUUGGAGCAGGUGCUCAGCCAACCAUCAAAGUCAAGGAGAAGGAGGUGAGCCCAACAAAACCUCUGGUCCCCCUGAAGCUGAAAGUUCAUAGUUGUUUGGUCGCAGUUCAAGCAGUGGAAGAGACAGGAGUCCUGUUCCAUGAGGAGGAAACAGAGAAUCAGAGUGUCACUGGCGUCAGACGUGCUACCACACCCUCCUCAUCCUUAGCACAGGAUCCAGCAUCACUUUCUGAAGCUGCACCGGGGGAUUUCUCUGCUGGCAUGAAGGUGAAGGAUCUGGCGCAGAUGUUUUCAGGAAUGUCAGCCAAAAUUGGAUCAAACAAGAAGAGGGAACCCAAAGAAGUACACCAGCUCUCACAGAGUGUCAAAGAAACCACAAGCACAGCGGAGUCCUCCCAGACUGAAGUCUCUCAGGAGGUUCCAUUAUUAUCUGAACCACCCACUCUCAUUACUGACAUGAAGGUGAAGGAGCGGCUUCAGAUGUUUAAAAGUCUGGAAAGCAAAACUCCUAAAAAGAAGCAGCAACUCUUCCAGGUAAAGACUCAUGCUCGUGGAAUUUCAUUUGCCACUAAGGAGGAAACAAUGCUGGCGAAAAAGACAAACAGAGAGGAGCAAAAAGGAGUGAAGACGUUUGGAAAUCUCGUCACUGCUGUCAGCAAACAGAAUUUAUCUGCAGUCAAACCCACAGCGGGGAGGAAAGCCACAACAAGCCUGAAGGUGAAGGACCUCGUGCAGAUGUUUUCUGCUUUAUCAGUUCCACCAAAGUAGAGGCUGGAAGGAAGCAGGAAACCAGCAGCGCACACGAUAACCCGCCCUGAACCUACAGCUGUGAGGGGAGACAGGAAGUGAAAGUCCUCUGCUGUGGUCCUAAUGCGAACGCUUCACAAAAUGUGUUUAGAGCAGCAGCAGUUCAGCUGCAUGUAUGUAACUUUAGGAUAUGUCUCAGCCAUGAAACCUUUGCUGAUGUUCCUCAACUGCUUCACCCUCAGGUUUCUGCCGGCACAGCUUAAACAUGCAGAAGUUAGAGAUUAAUGCGUGCUUUAAGCUGUUUGAUUUUAAAGUGGAGACUUUUAUUCAGAAGAGGUUACUUGUCCAGAAAAUGUCAGAUAAGAAAACAUCAGUUUACCUUAAGGAUAAUGGAGAACAUAAAAUAUCAAACCAGUUAGUGAUUAAUUCAUUUUGUACAUCUAUUUAUCAGGAACUCAAAAACAGGAAAUAAAAAAGAAGGAAAUGAAUUGUUCAUAGUUCUGAAGAUGCUGCAAAGCUCCAAAUCUAGUCCUUUCCGAACUCUGAUGGAGAUCCAUCAGCGGUUCUGAGAGUCUGUGUGUGUCUGUUCCCAUCACUUCUUCAGAACCUUGUUGGCUGAGCGCCAGCCUGAAAGCCUGAAGGAGCAGGACUUUUGCUGUGAGCAGCCUUUCUGCUGGGAGUAACUCAUUACUAAAGGACCGAAUCACAAAAACACACAACUUUUUGCUUUGAUAAAGUACAGGAAGGAAUUAGUGCAAUAUUCUUCCAAAGAAUUUUUGACUUUUUACAUCAGACCAGUCGCUUAAAGUUUUAAAAAAAGAGACAAAGAGGCAUUUCCUAAAGAAGAAAUGACACAAACCGAAUCUGUUUAAAGAUCAUGCUCAGGCUGUUUAGGCUUCAAUAAUCCAAAAAUGUUUGUGUUCCUAAUAAAUGUAUCCAUUUCUGUUUGUAUCUUUCUGCUUUAUCCAUGCCUGUACUUCUUUAUUUGAUCUUUUUAUCUAAAGAUUCAAGAUCAAAAAUUGUUCUUCAAGCAAAUAGCCUUUAUUUUCAUUCGUGUGGACUAAACUGCUUUCAUUUGACUAAAAAAGAGGAUUUUUUUUAACUUUAUAUUUUUUUUAUUUACUUUAAAGAAAAGGGGGAUUUUAAUAGUAAUACGUUUACCAUAAACCUUCAUCUUAAUGUAAAACUCUACAUGGUAUGUUUGUCAUUUUAGACUAAUGUAUAGAAAGCUACUUGAAAGAAGGUGCAGGACUUUGAAUUUUAUUUUAAGGAAUUACUUUUGAACAAUAAUAAGAAGUCAUGUGGAAUGUAUUACAGUUUGGAAGUUCCCUGUGAUCUGUUUUUCUUUUCCUGGCUGCUGUGCGGCUGGACCGCUGCUGGCUUUCACUGCUCGUGUUUAUUUUUGCUCCUUCCUCUGGUUUUUUAUCUGCCCUAAAUAAAGGCUCUGUGUGUUUGCUCCAUGUGAGCCGUCGGAAGCCUGUCCCAUUUCAAGGAGUUUCUAUAUUAUACUGCAUGCAGAGCUAACCAUUAUUUUAUGACAUCUAACAAAAUUAAUCACACCAAAGAUCUUAUGAAAUGUAAAAAAAAAAUCAAAGGAAUAAAAACCUGAUUUGAUGGUUUUGAAAACUAAAGCUAUGUUUUUUCAUUUCCUGGAUUCCUAAAUAAAAUAUACAUUGGGAAAAU